CCAGGUACUAUAAUGCGAGAACACAACCAAAUGGAGAGGCCAUGUGUUGGUGGUCUGUUUUACAGUCAUAACUGAGCUCCUUCCUUUGACCAUUUCAGCCCAGAUGUCAGGCACAUACAUGAAGAAAGAAGUAAUUUUGGAAGUAAAUCCUCCAGAUGCAGCUUUUGCAGCUGUUGAAAUCGACACCAGUCAUUGAGUCUUCCCAGAUGAGGCCCUUUUGACCUGUUGGGUGCCUAUGCAUAGUAAAAUGUUUAUUGUUCUACAUCAUUGAGUUCCAUUGAUGGUUAUUGCACAGCAGUGGUAGUAGAAGUUACUUGUUUUUCUUUCUGGCUUAAAAGAGGCUUCUUUUAUUGGGAUGAACUACUCAUGUGCAGCCUCAUAUUCAAGGGUGGAUAGGACCUUCAUCUACCCUUGGAUCUCAGUAUGGAUGAAAAUCUUGCAUGAAUUCCAUGAAACCAAUCUACCUGAAUACAUUAUCCAAGGAAAUGUUACAAAAAGAGCAGCAUCUCAGACAUGUUGAAAAAGAUGUUCUGAUCCCUAAAAUAAUGAGAGAAAAGGCCAGAGAGAGAUGUUCUGAACAAGUUCAAGAUUUUACAAAAUGUUGCAAGGACACUGGAAUUCUUAUGGUAGUCAAAUGCCGAAAAGAAAAUUCUGCAUUGAAAGAAUGUCUUACUACUUACUAUAAUGAUCCAGCCUUUUAUGAAGAAUGCAAAAUGGAGUAUCUGAAGGAAAGGGAAGAAUACAGAAAUACCGGUAUUCCUACCAAGAAAAGGCUGCAGAAGCUUCCCACAAGCAUGUAGACAAAUUGUUCAGUGAAUUAGCAACACAUAUUUAUGGAGAUGAUUUAUAAGUCAUACGAAAUAAUGAACUUCAGAAUUUGCUUGCUUUGUUCUAAUUAUGGAAAUAUUAAUUUUAUAUGAAAUAAAGACUUUAAUUCAGA